UUAAAAAAUAGUGGAUGCGUCACUUCAGCCGAAAGUGUACUUAUUACUAUGCAAUCACAAGAAGAAUUAUAUAAUGUUUUGAAAACCAACCAAGAACAACCUGAUCAACACCGAACCAUUAUCAUCUCCAUCAGUCCUCAAUCAAGAGCCUCACUUGCUGCCAAAUAUCGACUUUCCAUGUUACAGGUGCAUAAAAGACUUGUUACUUUUUUCAAACAACAUUUAGGUGCUCAUCAUGUCUUUGAUAUUGCUUAUGCUCGAGAUUUGUCAUUGGUUGAAACAGCAAAGGAAUUUAUUGAACGAUAUAGACAUUACUUGACUCAAGGUGGUGAUAUUAUCGAACAACAAAUGCAACAACAACAACAACAACAACAACCAGAGGAACAAGGUGGAAGACAAAGACGAAGAAGACAACCUGCAUCUAAUCAACAACAACAACAACAACAAAAAAGUAUUCCCAUGUUAGCUUCUUCAUGUCCUGGUUGGGUUUGCUAUGCUGAAAAAACGCAUGGUGAAGUGUUACCUCAUAUCUCUAUGACCAAGUCUCCACAACAAAUGAUGGGUUCUCUAGUAAAAGAUUAUUUAGCUACAAAGACAAAUACAAGGCCUGAUCGCAUUUAUCAUGUUUCUAUUAUGCCAUGCUAUGACAAAAAAUUGGAAGCUAGUCGUCCUGAUUUCUUUUUAGAAAACUUUAACACUAGAGAAGUGGAUUGUGUAUUGACUACUGGAGAAGUGGACAAGAUGUUUAUGGAACAACAUAUCAAUUUUACUCAACUGCCAGAAUCUCCUAUUGAUGAUAUAUUCAACAAAGUAGGUGUAGAUCCAAUGACUCAAAUGGAGACAGCAUACGGUGCAUCAGGUUCAUCCUCAGGUGGUGCCUUGGAAUAUAUUUUAGCUAGUGCAGCAAAAGAACUAUUCCAAUUGAAUGAUGUUCCUUUGGAUCAACUUUCUUACACAAAUGGACAACAACAAGAAAUUAUUGGUGGUCGAGUAGUGAUCAAGAUGGGCAAGAAUGCUGAUGUCAAGGAAUAUAUGUUACAAGAUGAUGAUGGACGAGUUCUACUUCGUUUUGCUACAGCUUAUGGAUUUCGAAAUAUUCAAAAUAUUGUGCGAAAAAUCAAGACUGGCAAAUGCACAUAUCAUUAUGUGGAAGUGAUGGCUUGUCCUGGUGGAUGUGCAAAUGGUGGUGGUCAAUUACCAGCUCAAGAACAUAAUACUGAUAUGGAACAAGUAAUUCCUGUCAAGGAUUGGGUUCAGCAUGUUGAACAAAUUUAUCGUUCUAUUCCUGGUCUAUCUCCUGAAGCCAAUGAAUCAAUCAAAGCUGUUUACAAUGAAUGGAUUGGAAAUGCUUCCAGCCCAGAACAUGUAUCCAAAUUACUUCGAACUCAAUACCAUGCUGUUACUCAAAGUUUGGCUAAUCCGCUUGCUACCAAAUGGUGA